AUGAGUUGUUACGAGCAUAUUAAUUCAAAAAUAAACAGUACCACAGUACCACCAGCAGCCGUCGUCGUGACAGCGGCAUCUUCUCAAGCAACACAACAAGAACAAACAGAACGACUUGAUGAUCAAACCGAAAGAUUAAACAGACUGGAACUUGAUCUACAGACCCUCAAUCAAAAAUAUGUUGCUGAAAUUGAAAAACGAGCUCAAGUGCAGCAUGAGAAAGAAGCUUUGGAACUUGAAUUGGAUGAUCUUUGCUCUAAACUAUUUGAAGAAGCCAAUGAUAUGGUCGCUGCAGAGAAGAAAUUACGAUCUCAAGUGGAAGACGAAUUGAAAGAAACCAAAGAACGCUUACUAUGGGAACAAUCGCAACUGAAUGAACUGAGAAUGAAACUAUUGGACAAUGAUAAUAGCACCACCACCACCACCACCACCACCACCAGCAGUGGCAGUCGACGAAGCAUGCAUCUGAGUAGCUUUCCACCACCACCCAUGACCUUUGAUCAGUAUCAGCUUCAGUUAUUCACCGAAUAUGUUGAAACCGUCUCAACAAAUACGUCGCUACCGCAAAAGAAACAAUUCCAGCUUCCUUUUAUGAAACUGACUCUGUUGGAAGAUAUAGAACCGUGUCUUAGAUUUCAUCCGCUACAACAGCCUGUCAGAAAAUUAUCUAGUAAAAAAAUCAUUGAUCAUCUGUAUAAAGAGACCUGUUUAAUAGAAUAUGUGCCUACGACGACUACGACCACAGCAAAGAAUAUUUGUCAAGCUUGCAAUCGUAAACAACCCCCUAUCAAUUAUAGGUUCAAACUCAAUGAAAAGGAAACAGAGUGGUUAUGGAUCGACCAAUAUUGCAGAGAUAGACUGGUUGCUGUUUGCGAGUAUUUCGUCUUUAUGAGAAACAUUCAACAUGGAUUCUUGAACCAUAUUACAUCUAUUCAAGAAUUGUACAAUGAAAAUAUCCGUUUGAAAUUACAAAUGUUCUAUUCAAGGUAA